AUGACACACCGAUCUCAGUGUUCAUCCAUAGGCGACAACCCCCUGGAUCCGAACUUCCUGCCCCCCCACUACCGCGAGGAGUACCGCCUAGCUAUCGAUGCCCUAAUAGAAAACGAUAUACAGGGGUACUUUGAGUUCCUCCAGAGCGCAGAUGUGGUCAGUUUCUUGGCACAGCCAGAAAUUGAAUUCAUCAAGUCCACAAUCCAGCUGCCCAGUCAGAGCUCCAGCUUACCAGAGCUGACAUACCAUGAGGGAUCUCUUGUGCCCGAUGGCUCCUCCGACACCUACUGGCCCAUGCAGUCCGACCUGGCUGCCCCAGGGCUGGACCUAGGCUGGCCUCAGCCCAGCUUCGUUGGACCCACAGAGGUCACGACUCUGGUCAACCCCUCGGACCCAGACAUGCCAAGCAUCAAGGAGCAUGCCAGGAGACUCAUCAAGAAUGCACGUCAAGUUAUUGCCGUGGUGAUGGACAUUUUUACUGACGUUGACCUUUUUGCUGACCUCUUGGACGCAGCAGCUCGACACGUUCCUGUUUACAUUCUGCUGGAUGAGCAGGAAGCCCAUCACUUUGUGUCUAUGGUCAUCAACUGCAAAGUCAACCUGGACUUAAUACAUAUGAUGCGUGUCAGGGUUGUGGCAGGAACGACCUAUUACUCCCGGACGGGCAAAUCAUUUAAGGGACAAGUGAAAGAUCGUUUCCUGUUGGUAGACUGUGGGGCUGUAAUCACUGGGAACUACAGUUUCAUGUGGUCCUAUGAGAAGAUCCACCGCUGCAUUGCCCACCUCUUCCUCGGGGAGCUGGUUUCCACCUUUGAUGAAGAGUUCCGCAUCCUCUUUGCUCAGUCAGAGCCUAUAGUCAUUGACCCGUCAGAUGUAGCACUUACGAAACCUGACACCAGCAGUUACCUUGGCAGCCAGUUCGGUUUGAAGAGGACCCAGUCUUUGCGUAACCCAAUAGGUUUCCGUAGGCAGCCUGAGCUUACUUCUGGAUUCCCCUAUGGAGAUUCUGACCGGAACCUUGCACUUCCCUUCCGGAGGAACGACCCAUUUCGUCAUACCGUUGAGCCUGGUGCAGGAAUAACAAUUGGGAAGUAUUCUCAGCAACAGUUUCGUAUGCAGCAGUCCUAUCUUGAGCAGGGAAGAUCCAUAGUUUCCAAGCAGAUGGAGACGAGUGCCACUGGCUUCAAGAGGCACAGCUAUGCAGAGGGAACCCAGGAAAGCUACACAUCUUCGAGGCAAUACAUGAAGAGCAGGGUCAUGAAUAAUCUGGAUGAGACAGACUUUCACAGGGAGCAUACCCAAAGUAGCCAUUUCUACAGUGAAGGGCCUGGGCCAGGUUCUGGCUACGGACACUACGACAGACUCCAAAGGGGUCCUUCACACCUCUCCGUUGACCAAUAUUCAAACUCAAGCUAUCGCUCAGAUCAGGAGCCUCCACCGGGAAACUAUGGCCAAGACUACUUUUCAUCUGAGGACUUGAUAGGAUCUGAGGGUCAGCAGAGGCCUCCAGUAGCUGGGAGAUAUGGAGGAGGCUCUGCCCAUAAGAGGCCAACAAUAGGUCAGGCUUAUGCCUGCCAGAGCUCACCUACACAGCCCCACCCACCUGAAAAGAAACAGUUUUUCAAACAAUCUGAUCAAGAGCAGGAUCCAGAUCCAAGUGUUAGGCAGGGCCUAAGAAGUUGGAGAAUCCAUUCCUAUCUUAGUGCGUAUGAGGACGGAGGAGAAGAAGGCCUGCCCCAACCACUGGGGCCUGAUGCAUUUGAAGAUCAGCAGCCCACCGCUGCUGUGGAAAAUUCAGGUCCUCGCUUUGGAAUAAAGGAGCCACCUACAGUUCCUUCAAAGCCAAGACCAGACAUCCUGAGACCACGCUUUGGAAAGCCCAAAUUACCUGAGAGCAGCAAUAAAGACUCAACAACAACCCAGGAUCCGCAGCCCUCAGUCAGUGACUUGAGGCCAUAUGCACUGGAGGUGGGGAGAGAUCCACAGAGGGCAAGGGAAGUGGGUGUGGAUGUUGAGGUGAAAGAGAAUCCAGAUCUCUUCCUGUCCAAACACGAAUCGUUUCGUUCACGUGUCAAUCCACUCCUUCAACGUAGCUCUCGUCUCCGUUCUUCGCUAAUUUUCUCAUCUUCCAAAGCUGAGAUGCACAGUGGUAGCCUGGGAUUAAAACCAGCCACAGAGGAAGAUGAGGAGUUAGACACAUUGCGCACCUCCUCGAUUGUGUCCCAGAUCCUUGAAAAGAGAAGGUCAUUGUCUCGUGAGCCUUAUGAAUGGAGAAAGAAGGUUGAGGAAAAAGAUCAGGAGAGGGAGAAAGAGAAAGAGAAAGAGAAAGAAGAAAAGAAGAAGAAAGAGGAAGAGGAGAAGGAGAUGCGAUUGAAAGCUGAGAUUAAAGCAAAAGAGGAAUCUCAGAAACCUUACAGGGAUGUAAAGACAACCACAACCACUGAAAGAUCUGAAGUCACAACAUCAUCAUCACUGAAUGUUAAUGACCCGGCCAGUCGACUACAGUAUUUCAAAGAAUUGGCUGCCAAAAGAAAAGCUCCAAAGAUGGACACAGAAUCAGCACUAAAAGCCCCAGAGCCGGCUGAAAAGAAGCCAGACCUCUCUGAAAAACCUCCGAUAAAAACAACGAAAAUCUCAACUGUCUCUGUCAGCUCUGCAGAACCUGAACCAAAGAAGCCCGACAUUGCCGCAAAACUAGCAGAGCUGACUCGCAGACCCUCAUUUAGUUCCUUAAAACCUUCUAUAAUCUGUCCCAAGCCUUUUGUUCGCCCGACGACUUCAGAGACAUCUCAAACGCAGAAAGAGGAGAACGGCUCAGAGGGUCUGAAGAAGGAUUUAUUCAAGUCACUAAAGCCUCUUCCUUCACCGAAGCUCUUCAUAAGGGAUCAGCUGAAAUUCAAAGGACUGAGCCAACGUCGCAUCUCCAGUGGUGAGGAGGUUCUGACCACAGACGCCACAGAUGCAGAGAAGAGUGAACUGAAAAAGAGCCGCUCUUAUAGUUCUUCAACUCUAACACAUGGUGAUUCCAAGGAUGGUCUCCAUAAAGCUAUGGGAUCGAAUACAUCCAUCAAUACUCUUGGCGAGGGAAAGGGUGAGGGUAAAACACUCGACUUCCUCAAAAAGCAGACACAGAGGCUAAAGGGUUUCCUUGGGCCGAAGGAAAAAGAUAAGAAAUCUUCAGGAGAUGAUAAGGGCAUGAGCAUAGUCAAAGAGGUCACUGAAGAUUCAAGAACAAAGCAGAGUUCAUCAGCUCGUGGCACAGCAUCUACCACUACCGACCAAACUACUGCAAAUCACAAGACAUUGACAGGGACGUCAGGCUCGUCCCGGUACCAGGCCCCGGGCAGCUCUGUUUUGUUCAAUAGCAACCUACGAGACGACACCAAAGUCAUUCUGGAGCAGAUCUCGGCCAACAGCCAGAAACACCGUCAAGAGCGGGAAGAAACGCAAGCAGACCGAGAUAAAAAUGCCGCGGAGAAGGCGCUGGAGAACUCCGCAAAAAGGAAUCGAUUACUGCGGCCGGCGGGUAACGUCCAGGAGCGGGAGGGAUUGCUGAAGAGGAUAGAGAGUCUGAGGAAGGAGAAGAAGGUCUACAGCCGCUUUGAGAUGGGGAAUAACCUGGGUUAACGAAAGAUGGAGGAGCAGCCCUUUUAAAUGGAAACUAUUUAUGCACGAUGAUCAAAAAGUCCGUUUGUGCCAGCGACACUAUCAAAGUACCUCUGUGGCUCAACACUGCAGCCUCUCCUGGAUUUUCACACUGAGUAAUAAAACUUGAAAAGACUACACGUAUGUACAAAAAUGCUGAAAACAAACUCAAGUCAUUGAGUUUGGAAUGUGCCCAUUUGCCAAGACUGGGUACGACUUCAACCUUAUAUGGUGAGAGAGAGAGAGAGACAAGCCACUCCACUUUCAUACUGGCUGCACGGGCUGAUGUUGCAUCUACCCGAAAAACAGGUUGGGCAUUUUACUUGUAACUGAGCUUGUAUGAACGUGACAGGGAAUCAGAGGUGAGGGAAAGAUAGGACAUAUUGUACCCUGGAAAAGAAAAUACUCGUCAGUCAAAAUUCAAAAUCAGCAAAUCACUGCAAAAGUGUUGUGUGUUUUUGUAUGUGUAAGUGUAACUGGGACUUGUUUGAACCUGAAUGUGAGAGAGUGGAUUCACCAUGUGCCAAUAACCCACCGGGGGGCAUUCCCAUUAUUAACCCAGCCAAAAAAGUAAAGAAGAUGGAAUGAAGACAAAUUGAGUAAGAGUUGAUGAAGGGUGAACAUUUUAGGGCAAGUAUGUGGAAUUAUAAAGUGUGAGAGCAAAUCAGAAAUUGAGAAAAUGUGUUUUCUAAUGUGUAAAUCUAAUGCUGAGGCAGCAGCAGAAGUUGUCGUUUUUGAUUGAAAGCCUCUGAUGAACCUUAUCCUCUCGAGAGUGCGUUAUGUACCUUUCUAUUAAGGCGUGGACCCACUUCUCAGGGUCCAAAGUGUCAAGUUACCAUUUAGAGAGGGAGCCUUAAGAGCUUGCAUCGAGGGAGAGGGGUUAAAAUAAUGUUUGUGUACCAGUCUUUGACUUAUGCAAUGUAAAUAAAAAUAUUGAGUACUUACCUGUGACAUGAAUCUGUGUAGAAAAAAAAAGACAAUUUUUACAAUUUUUCAAUGCUGUGCCCCUGUUUAUCUUUCUUCCCUGGACUUUAGAGUUGGUC